UGACGUACACAGCGUGCGACGUUUACGGUCAUGUAGAUAUUGUAUUGAAUGUUCACGGAUUUGUGAGAUCCUGGAGACAUUUCGGCGAGGACUUGACGUCUCUGUUAUAUUCGUGGUUCUUUCGUGUGUAGCAGGUUACCGUAUCCCGGCUGCGAUGGAGCGCUGGCGGGGCAGAGUGGCUCUGGUGACCGGAGCGUCGGUCGGGAUCGGGGCGGCUAUAGCCGUAGAGCUGGUCCGGUUCGGUAUGAAAGUGGUGGGCUGCGCCAGGGACGUCGGGAAAAUACAGAAACUGGCAGCAGAGUGUCAGAGUGCCGGCCACCCCGGUGUUUUGGUGCCUUUCAAGUGCGACUUGACCAAAGAGGAGGAGAUUCUGUCCAUGUUUGAGGCCAUCAAAGAGCAGCACAAAGGCGUGGACGUGUGCAUCAACAACGCUGGCUUAGCUCAUCCAGAACCGCUGCUAAACGGCAAAACCAGCGGCUGGAAGAACAUGAUGGAUGUGAACGUUCUUGGACUGAGUAUCUGCACACGUGAAGCGUAUCAGUCAAUGAGAGAGAGAAACGUGGACGACGGGCACAUCAUAAACUUGAACAGUAUGUCCGGACAUCGUGUGGUUCCCAGUUCUAUCGUACAUUUCUACUCUGCUACCAAGUACGCUGUAACCGCUCUGACGGAGGGCCUGAGGCAGGAGCUGCGUGCAGAAAACACCCACAUCCGAGCCACAUGCAUUUCUCCUGGUGUAGUGGAGACUGAAUUUGCUCUACGUCUCCACAGCGACAAUCCCGAAAAAGCAGUUAGUGCAUACACUGCAUUUAAGCCUCUGGAAGCAAAAGAUGUUGCCGAUGCUGUGAUAUACGCGCUCAGUGCCCCGCCUCAUGUUCAGAUUGGAGACAUUCAGAUGCGAGGGACAGAGCAGGUGUCUUAAGAGUUGUUUUAUGUGGCCCUUUCAAAUAAUGCACUCAGAAAUUUGACUUCUUUCCUACAUUUUAAAAGAUGAAUUUGUGUGGUCACAAAACAAUUUUGUGGUGUUUCCACUAAUGUGUAAAAAUUAAAUGAUUUUCAGGUGAACCUUGUUGCACUUCAGUCUUUU